UUAACUUGAAUGGCGAAGGUGGCGCGCGGACGAAACACCGAAAGCAGAAGUAACGCCAGAUUGCUUUCAAGCAGGAAAAGGUGUUGUGCGUUGACCCAGUGUUUAUUAAAGAUACAAAAUCUUGAUUUACUUUGAUUUAUCAACAAUAACAAUAAUAAUGCCCAAGCUACCCUCGCAUAGGACGCUCUAACACUGUGGAGUUGCCGCCACCCCCUCGCGACAAUGUUUUUGUGUGUUGUGUGUUUAAUGUUUUGAUCAAUGAAAACAUUCGAAUUAACCUAAGAGGAUUUUUAAUUAUGUUGCGCGUAUAAAUGAGCCAGGGAAUUAGGGACCGUGCAAUGCAUUCUGCCGCCGGGAAGUUCAUGAGAAUUUGACAUUUAUGUCGAGCCGCUUGCUGCAAAACAAAAACAACCAAGUCUAAGGCUGCUGCAGCGGUGUGGGUCGAAUUCGCGCGGACACACCCACCCAAAAACAAAAGUAGUCCAAAAGCCCCAAUUGUUCAGUGUGGUAGUUUAUGCACAAACAUAUAAAUAUAUAUGCGAUUGUACGCGCGUGUGUUUGUGUGUGAGUGUGGAAAGGCACUGGGGGCCGGUUUCGCAGAACGCGAUUUACUAGUAAUUGACAAAGCAAACAAAUACCCGCGAACAACAACGCGCUGCAAUCGGACAAAUUUCAGCAUCCUGUGAAGUGAUUGCAGCGGCUAAAACUAUGCCCAUCCUGCCCAGGAAUCUAUAAUUAGCGAUUUUCAAAGUACGCGUCCCACGCCCUAAACAUGGUCAUGCCCCCGCUGCAGACCCAACCGGGCACAUUCCUAGUGGCCCUUGGCCUCUGCUGCUGCUGGCUUCUGGCGACGGCCAGGGCACACAACUGUCAGCACCAGCAUCCCAAAGCCCAUGAGGUCGUUCAUGGCGUGCGCAUCCAACUGGCUGGCGAUGAUGACGACGCCACCGGCAACAGCGACGCAGCCGUGCAUAGCGUGCGCCGGCGCAGCGUCUACGCCGAGCAACCGCUGCGCAUUCUGCUCGUCUAUGAUGAUUCCGUUUACAGACUGGAGGAGGAAAAGUUCAACUUAAUAAAUGACACAGUGCUGCCGGAGGCCGUGCAGUUCUGGGAACAGGCCCUGAUGGUACGAGAGACCAAGGGCAUUAUACGUUUGAAUAGAAAAUGCGACAGCACGCAGGUCUAUGUGAAGAACGGACACACCCACUGCAUCGACCAAUGCAAGGCAACGACAAUGUGCGGCGAGGUUCAAGUGCCCAACGAGCAUUUGGAUGUCUGUCGGGUAUGCAAUGCCACUGGGCAGAAUUGUCGCAUUGAUAGCAAUACCCAGCCGGGAGAUGGCAUCGAGAACGCGGACUUUGUGUUCUACGUUUCGGCAAGGCAGACGCAACGCUGCUUUAAGGGUCUAACAGUGGCCUAUGCGGCCCACUGUCAGCAGGAGGCGGCACUGGAUCGACCCAUUGCCGGACAUGCGAAUCUCUGUCCGGAGAGCAUCAGCACCAAGCCACAGGAGCUGCAAACACUCAUAUCCACAGUCAAGCAUGAGAUUCUGCAUGCCCUGGGCUUCUCCGUCAGUCUUUAUGCCUUCUUCAGGGAUGACGAAGGACGACCGCGAACUCCCCGCAAGUCGGAAACGGGCAAGCCGUACCUGAACGAGAAAUUGCAGAUCCAUCAGUGGAGCAAUGAGACCAUACGCAAGGUGGUGCGCGAGAACUGGUCUGUGCGUGGUGGCCAUGUCAAUAAGGAGAUCGAUAUGAUGGUGACGCCUCGCGUCGUGGCCGAGGCGCGUGCCCACUUCGACUGUGAUCAUCUCGAGGGGGCUGAGCUAGAGGAUCAGGGCGGCGAGGGCACCGCCCUGACUCACUGGGAGAAGCGCAUACUCGAGAACGAGGCCAUGACUGGCACGCACACACAGUCGCCGGUCUUCUCACGCAUCACCCUCGCCCUGAUGGAGGAUUCCGGCUGGUAUCGGGCCAACUAUUCCAUGGCCACUCCCCUAAGCUGGGGCAAGGGCCUUGGCUGUGCCUUUGCCAUGCGCAGCUGCAAGGAUUGGAUACAAAUGAAUCAUGCCAAAGGCCGCUCCAUACAUCCGUUCUGCUCGAAGGUGAAGCAGGAUCCGCUGCAGACCGAAUGCACAGACGAUCGCAACUCGGUGGCGCUGUGUAAUCUCAUACGGCACGACUACGAGCUGCCCAAGAGCUAUCAGAAUUUCGAUAGCCUUCACAAUGUAAAGAGCGGCGAGGAGGGCUUCUUCGGUGGCUCCGUUUCACUGGCGGAUCACUGUCCCUACAUACAGGAGUUUACGUGGCGCAGCAAGAACAUCAUAGUGCGCGGCUCCCACUGUCGCUUCGUGGAGAAUAAUCCAAAGCCGGAGAAAAACUUUGCCCUGGAGAGCUACGGCGAUGGCUCAAAGUGCUUCGAUCAUAGCGAGGCCAUGUGGGAGGAGCGCUCCUGCCAUCAGACUCGCGAAUGGCAGCACUGGGGCAGUGGCUGCUACAAGUAUACCUGUUUCGAUGGUCGCCUGCACAUCCUGGUGGGCAACUACACCUACAAGUGCUCGUUCCCCGGCCAAAAGCUUUCCAUUCGCAUAGAAGCCAAUGGCUGGCUGCACAAGGGAGCGAUCAUGUGUCCGCCCUGCCAUGAGCUGUGCGGCUCGCACUUUGCCGCCCAAGGCAAACAGUGUCGCCCCAGCGAGGAGCCCGAUCCACUCAACAAAUAUCCGCGCGACAAUCUUGCCUGCGGUGCGGACAGCAGACACCAACGUUCUGUGGCCAUAAUCAGUGCUGCACUCUUGCUGGCAGCGUGCCUGUGGCUGGGUCAUAGUUAG